AUGGUGGGAAGCUCCAACAGAGUGGAGAGCUUCCCAUAUGCCAGUGAACUUGAAGCUUCCUUGCCCAUCCCCACGCCGAGCUUGAAACCUUUGGAGGUCCACAAGGUCCCUGCACCACAAGACAACCCCACCCUCCAAUCUCUCAAGCAGAGGCUUUCCGAGGUCUUCUUCCCUGAUGAUCCCCUCCACCAGUUCAAGAACAAGUCUUUGUUCCGGAAGCUGGUCUUGGCUCUCCAGUAUCUCUUCCCAAUCUUCCAGUGGGGCUCUGAAUACAGCCUUCGCCUCCUCAAGUCUGAUGCCAUCUCAGGCGUCACCAUUGCUAGCUUGGCUAUCCCACAAGGAAUAAGCUACGCUAAGCUUGCAGGUUUGCCUCCCAUUAUUGGCCUCUAUUCCAGCUUUGUGCCACCCUUGAUCUAUUCUGUUCUUGGGAGCUCAAGAGAUCUCGCUGUUGGCCCGGUAUCCAUUGCAUCUCUAGUGAUGGGAUCCAUGCUGAGAGAGGUGGUCUCUCCUGACAAGGAGCCUAUCUUGUAUCUUCAACUAGCUUUCACAGCUACUUUCUUUGCUGGUGUUUUCGAAGCCAGCUUGGGUCUUCUGAGGUUGGGUUUCAUAGUGGACUUUCUAUCAAAACCGACGUUGACAGGAUUCAUGGGAGGUGCAGCGGUCAUCGUAUCACUUCAGCAGCUCAAAGGACUGCUUGGCAUAGUUCACUUCACCACCAAGAUGGGGAUCAUUCCAGUGAUGCAGUCUGUUCUUGAGAACAGGACAGAGUGGGCUUGGCAAACGGUAGUGAUGGGGCUCUCAUUCCUGGUUUUUCUGUUGGUGGCAAGGCAUAUAAGCUCCAGAAGACCCAAGCUGUUCUGGGUAUCAGCAGCAGCUCCUCUAACUUCAGUGAUUCUCUCCACUGUCCUUUCCUUUAUCUUCAAAGCUCAAAACCAUGGCAUCAAAACAAUUGGGCAUUUGCAGAAAGGGGUGAAUCCUCCUUCAGUGAACAUGCUGUUCUUUAGAGGCCCCUACUUGAGUCUUGCCAUCAGAACUGGAAUAAUUACUGGAAUAUUGGCUCUCACUGAAGGAAUGGCUGUGGGGAGGACAUUUGCUUCUCUGAAAAAUUAUCAGAUUGAUGGCAACAAAGAGAUGGUGGCCUUAGGAGCCAUGAACAUGGCAGGGUCAUGUGCUUCAUGCUACAUCACAAGUGGUUCAUUCUCAAGGUCAGCUGUAAACUACAACGCUGGAUGUAAAACGGCAGUAUCCAACAUAGUCAUGGCAUCUGCAGUGCUCUUCACCAUGCUAUUUCUCAUGCCACUGUUCUAUUAUACUCCCAACGUCAUGUUGUCGGCGAUCAUUAUUGUUGCAGUGAUCGGACUGAUCGAUGUUCGAGGUGCAUUUCUGCUGUGGAAGGUGGAUAAAUUUGAUUUCCUGGCUUGUAUGAGUGCUUUCUUUGGGGUUCUUCUCAUCUCAGUACAGACGGGCCUCGCCAUAGCUGUGGGCGUAUCUUUAUUCAAAAUUCUGGUUCAUGUUACUAGGCCAAACACAGUGAUCAUGGGGAAUGUCCCAGGAACAAACAGUUACAGAAAUCUGGCGCAAUACAGGGAGGCUGUACAGCUGCCUUCAUUUCUAAUCCUUGGCAUUGAAUCCCCCAUCUAUUUCACCAAUUCAAUAUAUCUGCAAGAAAGGAUCUUGAGAUGGGUUCGAGAAGAGGAAGAGAAAAUAAAAAAGUUGAAUGAGAGUUCCCUUAAAUGCAUUAUACUGGACAUGGCUGCCGUAACAGCAAUAGAUAUAAGUGGUUUGGAAACACUUGCAGAGCUGAAGAAGACACUUGACAAAAGAUCUAUCGACCUUCUACUAGCUAAUCCUGUCCUGGAAGUGGCACAGAAGCUGUCUCAAUUGGGGACUUGGGAGCUUUUCGGAUCAGAACAAAUCUGUAUGACGGUUGGUGAGGCCGUUGCUGCAUCCUCUUAUAAAGCCCAAACUUCAGCAUGUAUUCUCCACAGAACAUCAGUCUAACCUAAGGGGGGAAAAAAAGAGAAAGAAACGGGGUUUAUGAGGUAAAUGUGCCAGUUGCUUGGCAUCUGAAACAAGCAAUGGCAAGAUAAUGAAAUAGUUCGAUAAUGAAAUAGUUCUCUACUUAUCUGAGCUCUUCUAGGUAAAGAUUUUACAGGAAAUAGAAAAAUCGUAUGAAGAUGUUCGGAGGAAAAUGAUGUUGGUUAUUUUUGUGGCUCUCAAGAAGUUUCUUUCUCACUGGUGUCCAUUAAAGUUCGCAAAUGUUGUCUCAUGAAUCCUGGUUUCUCUAGGCACUUUAAAAUAUCAAUUGUGAUUUUC